AGAGAAACCAACCCACUUCACUCUUGCCUUCUCUCUGUCUGUGUUCAGCAGCUGGUGAAGUAGCAGUCAGCCUCAUUCGGUUUCCGAAAGUGAUUCAAAAUGACAAUGAAACUGGCUUAUUGGGAUAUCCGCGGGCUUGCCCAGCCUAUCCGCCUGCUGCUGGAGUACACUGGCACCAAGUACGAGGACAAGUUUUAUGUCUGUGGUGAAGCUCCAAACUAUGACAAGAGCUGCUGGUUCGAUGAAAAGCACAAACUUGGGAUGGACUUUCCCAACCUGCCCUAUCUGGAGGAUGGAGACAGGAAGAUAGUGCAGAGCAAUGCUAUCAUGAGAUACAUUGCUCGUAAGCACAAUAUGUGCGGAGAGAGCGACGAAGAGAAGGUCCGUGUGGACAUCUUGGAGAACCAGGCAAUGGACUUCAGAAACGGCUUUGUGAGACUGUGCUACACUGACUUUGACAAGAUGAAGCCAGGGUACCUAGAGAUGCUGCCAGGCAUCCUGAAGCAGUUCUCUGUUUUCUUGGGAGACAGGAAGUGGUUUGCUGGUGACAAGAUCGCUUUUGUGGACUUCUUUAUGUACGAGCUGUUGGAUCAACACAGGAUGUUUCAUCCUACAUGCCUGGAUGACUUCAAGAAUCUCAAAGAUCUUUUAGACCGUUUUGAGGCUCUGGAGAAGAUCGCUGCAUACAUGAAGUCAGCCAAAUUCAUGAAGACUCCUGUCAACAACAAGAUGGCCAAAUGGGGAAACAAGAAAGAGUAAAGAACACACCAUUAAUGAAAAUAACAAUGUGCAACUGACUCAACAACCAUAAAUUCAGGCCUAGAGAAAAAUUAAGUCUGUACUAUUUGUCUUUUUAUAAGCUGUUAGCUAUUUGGAUGUAUUGGUUUCAUGACCUAUAAUUCCAGAUAUUUACAUGAAUCAGAGUUUUUGUACUGAUAAUGAGACAAGUAGAAACUUUAAUUUGACUUCAAGCACUUAAUUUCUGUUACAUUUGAAAUUGUUUUUUUUUUUCACAGAUUAAAGUAAAUCUUGUAUUGACUGUU